AUGCCAACCAUUUCUGUGCCUAAGCAGCAGUUCCUUGACCUGCUAGGCAAACAAUACACUAACGAGGAGUUUGACGAACUCUGCUUUGAAUUUGGCGUAGAAUUGGACGAAGACACCACUGAAGAAGCGUUGAAGGCAAAUGAGGAACCGGAGUUCAAGAUUGAGGUUGGUGCAAACCGUUAUGAUUUGCUGUGUACUGAGGGUAUUGCACAGUCAUUGAAUGAGUUUUUGGGAAGAAAAGAGACACCCAACUACAGGCUUUCGAAGGCGACCACUAAGCUUUACAUCGAGCCUUCUACCCAACAAAUAAGACCUUAUGCAGCAGCCGCAUUUCUCAGAGGUAUUAAAUUCACUGAGGAGUCUUACCAGUCUUUUAUCAAUUUGCAAGAUAAAUUGCACUCAAACCUGUGCAGAAACAGAAGUUUAGUUGCAAUGGGAACCCAUGACGCUAGUACCAUCCAAGGUCCUUUCUACUACAAAGCUCUUCCUCCAACCGAUUUCAAAUUUGUACCAUUGAACCAGACGAAGGAAUUUACUGGAGCUGAGUUGAUAGACCUUUACAAGCAACCAGAACAGAAAAAUAACCUGGGUAGAUUUGUUCACAUCAUUGAGGAUUCGCCAGUUUUCCCCGUCGUGCUCGACAGCAACAAUACCGUUUGCUCAUUGCCACCAUUGAUAAAUUCUGAACACUCUAAAAUAUCACUCAACACCUCAGACGUCUUUAUAGAAUGCACUGCCACUGAUAAGACCAAGGUAGAAAUUGUCAUCAAUCAGAUUGUGUCAAUGUUUUCCCGCUAUUGUGCAGAUCCGUUUGUCGUGGAACCGGUUGAGGUUGUUUCGGAGCACAACCAGCAGUCUCGUGUGACCCCCAACUUCACUCCAAACGUCAUGGAAGUCUCCACCGCGUACAUCAACUCGUGCUUGGGUCUUGAUCAGCCACCGCAAGAGAUUUGUGACAACUUGAAGAAGAUGUCUCUAAAAGCUACACCCUCCAAGAAUGCUGGCUACCUUGAAGUUUCGAUUCCAAUCACCAGACCAGACAUCUUACAUCCUUGUGAUAUCAUGGAGGAUGCGGCCAUCGGCUACGGAUACAACAAGUUGCCAAAGGGUGAGAAGCUAUCGAACGCAAAUUUCGUUGCUGCACCAUUACCGAUCAACAAAAUAUCUGACAUUUUUAGAGCUGCCUCUGCGCAAGCUUCAUGGAUAGAGGUUCUCCCACUAACACUUUGCUCCCAUGAUGAAAACUACAAGUUUUUGAGAGUGAAGGACGAUGGCAAACAGGCGGUCAGAUUGGCAAACCCUAAGACAUCAGAAUAUCAAGUCGUCAGAACCACUCUGCUUCCAGGUAUUUUGAAGACUGUCAGGGAAAACAGAAAGCAUACUUUGCCGAUCAAAGUGUUCGAAGCUGGUGACAUAGUGUUGAAAAACGAUCAGCUGGAGCGCAAAGCAUUUAACGAGCGUCACUGGGGUGCUAUCUACGUUGGGAAAACCUCAGGGUUUGAGAUUAUACAAGGUCUCUUGGGUAAAAUCAUGCAAACUUUCAGAACCCAAUGGGUGGCGGACUACGGCAAGGCUGCCUCGACAAGAGGUUACUGGAUCGAGGAGGAUGAUUCAUUGCCAACUUACUUCCCUGGAAGAGGCGCUAGAGUCAUGUUCAGACCUAAGGAGGGUGGAGAGAUCAAAAAGAUUGGUACCCUAGGUGUGCUGCACCCGGAGGUGAUGAAGAACUUUGAUUUACCUUACGCUGCUUCUUAUGUGGAGCUGAACUCUGAAGUCUUUCUAUAG